UUGGCUCGCAAGUCUUCGAGAAAAGAAUACAGGGCAAAAAAGAUCCAAGAGUACAAUCGUGCGGUGGCCCGUCAAGCCGAGGAGCGUGAGCUUCGUGAACGUCGCGAAAGAGUACGACGUGCGCAGGAGGCGAAUCGCAAGGCGCAAGAGGAAGCCGCAAAGUCAGGAGCUGAUGGAGACUUUGGAGGAAUGCAUGGUGGCGACCCAACUGGUGGUUUGGGUGACAUCUUGGGCGAUCCCGAAAUUAGCGAAGCAAUGAAAGAUCCAGAGGUAAUGGCAGCGUUUAUGGAUAUCAUGCAGAACCCACAAAAUCUGAUGAAGCAUAUGGGCAAUCAGAAAGUGAUGAAACUGAUUGCGAAAAUGAAAGACAUGGGUGGAAUGUUUGGCGGUGCCGGUGCAGCUCCCGGUGGUUGCCCGGCAGGGUCCAAAUGCAGUGAUACGGGCUGUGGCGGUGGUAGCGGAACAGGAGCAGGUGCAGCUUCAUCUGCUCCUCCGCCCAAAGCUCCUGAACCUGACCUCGAUUGA